CGAGACGUCGUCAUAAAUACACUGUUUCAAAUUAUUUGUAGUGCGUCACUAAAUUUAUUUAGUUUGUGCUUAUUUUCUCAAAAUCGGUUCAUUCCCUCUGUUUAUAAUGAGUUCUGCUGCAUCUACUCCAUUGUUUGCUUGUUCUCGCUGUUUCUCGAGACAUCCUUUCGAAGAACUGUCUCCAGGAGAACAGCUCUGCAAGGAAUGCCGCGGAUCUUUUCCUGUCGUCAAGUGUACGUAUUGCCGGUCGGAGUUUCAACAAACAAGCAAAUCAAAUACUUCUUCAAUAUGCAAGAAAUGUGAAGCUAAUGUCAAGGCCUAUGGGAAACCCUCAGCAUGUGAAUAUUGCAACACCAUUGCUGCCUUCAUUGGUAAUAAAUGUCAGCGCUGUGCAAACUCCGAACGCAAGUAUGGCCCAGCAGUCACAUGCGAGCAAUGCAAGCAACGCUGCGCCUUUGACCGCCAUGAUGAUAGCAAAAAGGUUGAUGGCAAGCUUUUAUGUUGGCUGUGCACUCAAUCACUUAAGCGGGCACUGGCGCGGACCAAACAGCAUAUCUCUUCUGUGGACAAGCACAAACAUAGGGGACACAAAUCAAAAAGCAGUCACAAGGAGAAACGUAAAUCCGACAUGAUGAAAUCCAUCAAUACCUCUGACUCGUCUCUGAACGACUCGCAGCCACUGGAGAAGAAAUCCAAGAUGAACCCCAUGCAAGGUAACCGAGGUGAAGUGGACCCGAACAGUUCCGACCACGUGGUGGCCAUGACGCAGCUCAAGGAGACCAUCGCCAGCUUGCAGAAGAAAGUCCAGCAGAAGGAUAACGAACUACUGGCCAAGGAUAAACUGAUAACUGAGCUAAAGGCCCAGCACCAUAACAACACAACCGACAUCCGGAACGAGAUGAAGAACAAGGAACGCCUCAACGAGACCAAGUUCAACCUCAUGAACACCAAGAUCCAGAACCUUCUGAAAGAAGUGGCCACCCUCAGCAAGUCAGCCAAGAAGAACAAUAAGAACACCAAGACGGCGCUCAAUACAGAGAACAGCGGCAGCGGCACGGACAGCCCUAGCACCAAUUAGGACAAUUUCAUUAUU